AGGUUAGAUAAUCAUUUGGGUUAUAAAUCAGAUCUUCCCUUAAAUUAGAAUUAUUUUUAUUUUAAACUCAAGUGUACUAUGCCAUCCGCUAUAAUGGAAUGCCCAGAUUUUAGUGAAUUUCAGGAUGCUUUAAAAGCUAUGAGGAAGCCACACGAUCUGAUUAUAAAUACAAUAAAUACUGUAGUCCCCACAGAUUCCUUUCAUGUAGAUCCUGUCGAGUCAUGUAAAAAACUGUACGAGAACUUAGAGACUGGUAAUAAACAAAGAGAGGAUUUCAUAAAAAAUUGUAUUACAGUCACAGCAGAACGAGUUAGAAAGAUCAAGGAGCAAAGAGAUAAUAAUGCAGAUGAUAUACAGUUAUCAAAACAACUUCGAACAGAACAAACUGCACUCAGAGUCCUUCAAGUAGAGCUAACAGUAGAAGAUUUAAUAAGACAACGAACUGCCAAAGUAUUUAAUGAAAGAUGCAGAAAGUACUAUAAACCAUUGUGAUGUUUACAUAGGAAUCAAAAACCUAAUAAAAGUAGUUUUCAUAUUUGCGAUUUAGAUUGUCUUUUCAAUUUUAUACAAUAGUUGUUAAAUAAAUGAUGAAUUGUU